AUGUCCGCUCGCCGCGACAGUAUCGGCACGAGUCCGCUGGAACUUGCUGCAGAGGUAGCUUACAUCGUGGCCACCAGCCCGCCGCCAGCUGAUCAAGAACUGGGCGGUGACGACGAGGACGAGUUUCAAUUCUCGUUCUCAGAGACGAAACUCCGCAAAACUCUCCAACAGGAGGAAGUCCCAGAGGCCGCAGGGGCCGAGAAAGAGGCGGAGAAAAGCCCAGGGUGGACUGGAGAGAGGGGACAACUGGCCGUGGAAGAGACUGAUUCAGCCGCGAUAGUUCCUCGCGGAAACUCCGAAACUUCGAACGACCACGGAACACCUCGCAGGCGCUCUAGCGAUGCCGGUUCGCCCCCGGGGGUAGGAGAAAGCCAGAAGACGAUCGUGAUCUACGGACCGACCAACUACGCCAACAGGCAGCUGAUCAACCGACUCGUCCAGUCCAACCCGAGCAUAUUCACCAGCGUUGUCCCGCACACGAGUCGACUGCAGCGCCAGAACGAGAUCAACGGCGUGGAUUUCCACUUCGUGGAUCGCAAGAAGAUGUCGGCCGAAAUAAAGAAGGGAAACUUCGUGGAGUGCGUCAAGAUAUCCGCGUCGCCCAAGCUGAAGCCCAAAAGAUUGUCGAGUCUUCGUGAGCCGAGUGAUAUAAACGGCUCCAGCUCAGCAAGUACGUCGGGAGAUGCGGCUGCGAACCCGUGGAAGAAAGAGGUCCAGGUCCCGAGCCCUCUCCUGACUCCCAAGUCCAGCCGUGUGCGGAGCAAGUCGAGCGGGAAGAGCAGUGAACUGUACGGCACGAGCAGAGAAGCGGUCCACAAGGCCCGGCUGCAGGGGAAACCGUGCGCCGUCCUCAACGUCACGUGCAAGGGAGCCCAGCAACUGAGGAAGGCCGGGUGUGACGGGGUUUACAUACUGCUAGACGUAGGAGGUGAAGGAACAGAUUCGACAGAUGAUGAUGGUGAGGGUCAACAGCCAGAUCAUCACAUCACGGCUGAGAGCAUUGACCAAGCCUUCUUGGAUCUCCAGCGACUUGCGUUCCAAGCAGUCAGCGACCUCCCUCUCUCACCGCGAACGAAAGUUGACGUCACACGAGACGAAUGGGAGAGUCUCCCAACUGUGGAAAUGGACCAGCAGUUUUCGGAAGCCACUUCGCCCGUGACAAAGACGAGACUGCUCACGUUCACCGACCUACUAGUCCACUACCAGCGAGAGAGGAUCGGAGCCAAGCCGACCAAGACGAAAAAGACCACAACAUCUCUUUCCAAGGGACUUCGAGCAGAGUACGACUUAGUUCUGAGUCUCUCAAGUAUACCACUGAGCGACACGGACACACUACACAUCGAAGCUCUGCAGACAAUCUACCAGAAAUUAAUGGGGAGCUCCCUCAAUUGCAGACGCUACGGCCCCCACUGGCAGGACAUUGGGUUCCAGGGAGUCGACCCAGGAGAGAGCGUGAAGGCCGUCGGUUUCUUUGGAAUAAUGCAGCUGGUGUCGUUUCUGGAGUACUGUCCUUCACUAGCCACAGAAAUCUUCAGCUAUUCUACUGAAGGUACCUAUAAGUUUCCGUUUGCCGUCGUAUCGAUAAACCUCACCGAAGCAGCGUUGAAAGCUCUACGUGACGGCCACCUCACCAAGCUAUGCAACAAGCAGGAGCAAGUCAUAGUCGCACUAAACGACUACCACGCAGGGCUGUUCUACCGGUUCUAUCGCCAGUGGAGAUCUCAGAGCACUCCGUCACAGAUACCGCCCGUCAUCCGAGACGUUGCGAGCUACGCCAGGAAACACCCAAAGGCAGUGAUCUCGGACGUGGUCUCCUACCUGUGGAGCGGGAAGGACGAACACGAACUAGCACCAGUGAGGAAGAUAUCGCACAGUCUCAGCAACCCCUUCACACCGUUCCCCAAGCUCGAGCAAGAGACACCAUCACCUACGACACCAUCCUCAUAA